AUGAGAUGGGACAAGUUUUUGAAACCAAAAGUUGUGGGUGGGGUCGGGCUGGGGAGCAUCUCGAGCUUCAAUCUGGAAAUGCUAUCUAAAUGGUGGUGGCGUUUCCGAGACAACCCUAGUCAACUUUGGGCGUCUGAGGUCUCAGCUAUUCACAAAAAUAAAGGGGACAAAAGUUUGAUCCUGAAUAAGAAAACUCUCCCUGGAGUAUGGAAGGAUAUUGGGUCGUUGGAUAAGGUGUUAUUGGGGUUUGGGAUUUCGAUUACAGGGAAGUUACGAGUCACGGUGGGGGACGGGGCUCUUACGCGAUUCUGGAAGGACGCCUGGCUUAAGUCUGAACCGCUUGCCGUUGUGUAUCCAGACCUCUACCGGUUGGUUGCUGAAAAAGAUGCUUCUGUCAAGGAUAAUGCGAUCAGAGAUGGGGGUGGCUGCAGGUGGGGUUGGCGGUGGUUACGUAACUCGUCUACUUCGGCGGCGUGGAACCAAGUGACAUCUCUUAUGGGGCUGCUAAAUGGGGUCCAACUGAAUUCGGCGAGAGACACCUGGGUCUGGGAAAAUGAAAGGGGGGACGGGUUCUCUGUCAAAUGUAUUAGAAGAGAGAUCGACGCUGCGAGUGGUCAGAACAGUGACGAGAUGGAGUUCAAAUGGAAUUCGUGGGCUACGGCAAAGUCUAAUUUUCUGCUUAGGCGUGCUCUCUUCGGCAAGGUAGCUUCCAAAGUGGAGUUAGGUAGGAGAGGGGUUCCGCUUCAUGAUGUUACAUGUGAUCGCUGCGGUUUAAAGGCGGAGACCUCGGAUCACGUCUUCGCCGAGUGCCUGUUUGCAAAAAGCAUCUGGUGGAAUGUGUGUGCCUGGUUAAAGGUCUCCUUCCCUCAUGACUGUUCUAUGUUUCGGGACUUGAUUAAGCAUCUUCUUGACUGUCCGGGUGAUGCGAAGUGGAGGAGGCUGGUGCUUACUGUGGUGAUGGCCACGGUUUGGAGAUUAUGGCACGCCAGAAACACAAAGACGUUUGAAGGAACCUUUAUUCCAGUUGUGAAGACGGUCGACUUAAUCAAGGAGGAUGCCUUCAUUUGGCUUAAGCAACGAUCGAAUCUUUUACCCCUUCCGUGGGAAAAGUGGUUAUUGUUUGAUGUAGCCAAUAUCCUGUAA